AUGCUCAAUCCUACGAAGCUACUUAAUAAUUUGAAAGAAUUCAAAUAUGCAAGUAAAUAUCCUAUCGAUUCGAUAUGGCCUCGAGGUAGAAGAUCAUCGGUGUUAAUCCUUUUAUUCAUCGGUAAUCGAGGAGAGUUGAGAGUGCUGUUGACAAAGAGGUCGAGAAGUUUGAAAAGUUUCAGUGGACACGUCUCAUUGCCUGGUGGUAAAGCAGAUAGUGAUCAUGAAACAUUUGAGAAUGUGGCAAGGCGUGAAGCAGAGGAAGAAAUAGGGUUACCAAGAGAUGAAAAAGUUCUACAAAACGAAUAUGAUAUGGCUAUUGAAAAUAUAUCGACAGUGUUUCCAUGUUAUGUAUCUCAGACGGUUCUAAGUGUGAAACCUCUGGUAUGUUUUCUUCACAACUACUCAACGGAUCAAUCCAAGAUUCGUGAUAAAUACACUACACCAUUGAAUGCAGACAAGUUCUUCGGUAAAUUGAACCCUGGUGAAACGUCCUCAUUGUUCUCUAUUCCUAUAAAUGAUCUAGUGGCACAUCUGAGUGGAGACACCACUUACAAACCAGAAUAUACUGCUCGGAAGGAGAAUAAAUGGAAGUAUGGUGGUAUCACAUGGGAUGUGAAGCAUUUCUAUUACCCAGUGGAUAAUAAUAAUGAGAUGUCGUGGCUCCGAGAUAUAGAGGAUCUCAGCAGUUACGACAGCAGCAGUUCGAUGGAAGAAGAAUUUACCAAGACCAAGGACGUUUGGGGCAUGACUGCAAAGAUACUAUCAGAUAUCUCGCUAGUGGCAAACGGACUACAAGAUAUACACGAGUUGCAUUUCAAUCAUGAGGAUCUCAUCAAUGGAUUAUACGUUUAUGGUAAGCAAAUGCAACCGGGCAAGAGAAGCGAUUGGGAGAAGUCGUUAAUUAAUCGAACUAAAGGCGUCAAAUACACGGAUGUAAUCCCAGAAGCCAACAUGAAAGAAAUCACCAGAGGAUCCAGCACAUUCUAA